AUGACCGUUACCAUCAAAGAACUGACUAACCACAACUAUAUUGACCACGAAUUAUCGGCCACAUUAGAUUCAACGGAUGCGUUUGAGGGGCCAGAGAAGCUGCUGGAAAUCUGGUUCUUCCCUCACAAGGAUGCUAUUACCACCGAGAAGACACUGAGAGAUAUCGUAAUGGCCAGAUGGAUCGAAAUUUUGAAGCUGGUUAAGUGCGAGGUGCUGUCCAUGAAGAAGACAAAGGAAUUGGACGCCUUCUUGUUGAGUGAGUCGUCGCUGUUCGUUUUCGAUCAUAAGCUGACAUUGAAGACGUGCGGCACCACAACCACGUUGUUCUGCCUUGCCAGGCUCUUCCAGAUCAUUGAGCAGGAGCUGUCGUGGGAUUUCCAGACAGCAGCGAGCGGCAAGUACAAGCCAUUCAAGGUGUUCUAUUCAAGACGAUGUUUUCUUUUCCCUUGUAAGCAGGCUGCUAUCCAUCAAAACUGGACUGAUGAAGUCGACUAUCUAAACCGAUUUUUCGACAAUGGUACAAGUUAUUCCGUCGGUAGAAACGACAAGAGCAACCAUUGGAACCUGUACGUCACUGAGACGGACCGCGCCACGUCUGAGGAGAAGGACUGCAUCGAGGACGACGACGAAACCUUCGAAGUGCUGAUGACCGAGCUGGACCCAGAAUGUGCUGACAAGUUUGUGUGCGGCCCUGACACAUCUACCGCUGCCCCCGCAGAAUUGAACGAAGACAAGGGCCACAACCUGGGUUACCAGAUGACUAAGAAGACGAAGCUCGACGACAUAUACUUGAACUCCUCCCAAGACUCCAACUUAUCAUUUCACCACGAUGCAUUUGCGUUCACACCGUGCGGCUACUCGUCCAACAUGGUUCUCGAUGAAAAAUACUACUACACCCUGCAUGUGACCCCGGAAAAAGGCUGGUCCUACGCCUCCUUCGAAAGCAACAUACCCGUCUUCGACCUCUCCCAGGGUAAGCAAGACAACUUGGACGUUCUCCUGCAUAUCCUGAACGUUUUCCAACCGAGAGAAUUUUCGAUGACCUUCUUCACCAAAAACUCCGAGAACCCAUCCUUCAAGAAACUACUACGCAUCGACGAAUCACUUUCCGAAUAUAUCACGCUGCACAAAAUUGUCUACGACCUGGACGACUACCACCUUUUCUACAUGAAGCUACAGAAAAAAAUAUGA